UACUUAAGUGAUCUAGAUCAUAUUGCUUCUUUUUGAUUGUCUGCUUUGAAUAUAAGAAAAGUAUCGAAGAUAUAUCAAGCAGAACAAAGCGCAAUUUGAUUUAGAAAUUGAAAGGCAAGAGAUCAUUCUUGAAAUUACUUAUUACGUGCUGUCAACAUUAUAUUUUAUGACGUUCGCUUAGAGAACAAGACCAUCCUGCAAUAUUAUGAACGUAAACUCAAAGUUUCAACUGGGCCCGCUACAAGGUCAACAACAAAUAUUAUUGCAACAAAUUCAAGGGCAAUCUCAACCCCAACAACCACAAGUAAAUGGUGGUCAAUUCAAUCAACCAAAUGAAUCUUAUAAUGAUAUAAACCCCAAUAUCUACAAUAAUAAUUAUCAAAGAGGUCAACCACCACAAUUACAACAACAAUUCUUCCCUCAAUAUCCUCAAAAUCAACAACAAAAUCAACCUCAAUUGCCAUAUCAACAAAAUCCUCAACAACAACAAGGGCAAUUGCAACCACAACAGUAUCAACAACAACAAAUCCCCCGCCCACCUCAUUUACAACAACCUCAACAACAGCAAUUCUAUAAUCAACAAGCUGUGAUUCAGCAACAACAACAAGUUCAACAAGUGCAACAAGUUCAACAACAACAAGUUCAGCAACAAGUCCAACAACAACAACAAGUACAACCACCACCACCUCCACCACCACAUUUACAAAAGAUUAUAAAUGUAGACAAUCCAAGCACUCCAUAUUGGCAACAACAACUACAAUUAGCUCAAUUAUCAAGAAAUGCUACUAUACCUCAUUAUUACGCUAGACAUUACGCAUCAAAUUCAAGAAAGCUCAAGAAUCCUUAUACUGAAACAAAGCCAACCACCUUAGUCGAUGCUACUAGAAAUUCUGUUGAAGAGUUGGAGAAAACAUUAAAACCUGUUAAUACUGGUUCUAGUACUCCAACCACUAACGCCGCUCUAUUGUAUAAUAAAAAAGUUACCCAAGCUCAAGAUGAUGACCAUCUCCAAGAAGAACAAAGAAUGAGAAUAAAAACUCAAGGAUUACAAUUAUGGUGUCAAUUAGAUUUAAGUGGUCAAGGUCUUGUACAUUUAUCUCCAAAGUUAUUUCAUUAUGACUUUCUUGAAUCAUUAUAUCUUAAUAAUAAUAAAUUAACUGAAAUUCCACCUAUUGUCAAAAAGUUAAAGAAUUUAAGAAUAUUAGAUUUAUCAUAUAAUAAAAUUAAUCAAGUUCCACCUGAAUUAGGAUUAUGUUAUAAUUUAAGAUUUCUUUAUUUGUUUGAUAAUAAUAUUGAAACUUUACCAAAUGAAUUUGGUAACUUGAUUGAGUUACAAUUUUUAGGUAUAGAAGGAAAUCCUAUAGAUCCUAUAUUUGCCAAUUUAAUAGCUGAAAAGGGAAGCAAAGAAUUUAUAAAAUAUUUAAGAGAUCUUAAAACUCAAAUUGCACCUCAACCAAGACCUUGGCUUUUAUUGGAAGAUGAUGGCGAAAUAAUAGAUCCCGCAACUAAUCCAGAAGCAUAUGCCAAUGAAACUGAGUCUCCUGAUUCAUUCACUAUGUUAUCAUAUAAUACUUUAUGUCAACAUUAUGCUACUACAAAGAUGUAUAAAUAUACUCCAUCUUGGGCAUUAGAUUGGGAAUAUAGAAGAAAUCUUUUGAAGGAGGAUAUUUUGAAAUUUGAUUGUGAUAUUGUUUGUAUGCAAGAAGUAGAAACCAAAACAUUUUACGAUUUCUGGACUCCAUUAUUACAAGAAAGAGGUUAUAAAGGUAUAUUUUUCAAUAAGACAAGAUCAAAAACUAUGAGUGAAGCUGAUUCAAAGAAGGUUGAUGGUUGUGCCACGUUUUAUAAAGCCAAUAAGUUCAACCUUCUUCAAAAACAAAAUUUUGAAUACAGUUCAACUUGUAUGGGAUCAGAUAAAUAUAAGAAGACCAAAGAUAUAUUCAACAGAUUUAUGAGUAGAGAUAACAUUGCAUUAAUUUCAUUUUUACAACAUAAUGAAACUGGGGAAAAAAUUCUUGUGGUGAAUACUCAUUUACAUUGGGAUCCUGCUCUUAAUGAUGUUAAAACUCUUCAAGUGGGUAUUUUGGUUGAAGAGCUUCAAGGUAUAUUAAAGAAAUUUCAUCAUGCUAAUUCUUACGAUGAUAUUAAAAAUAGUUCAUUAAUUAUUAGUGGUGAUUUCAAUUCUAUGGUUGAUAGUGCUGUUUAUCAAUUAUUAUCAACAGGUUCGGUAUUAAAGCAUAAAGAUUUAGAAGGUAGAGAUUAUGGUAACUUUACAGUCGAUGGAUUCCGUAAUAAUUUCAAAAUGAGAUCGGCAUAUGAUAGUAUUGGUGAAUUACCAUUCACAAAUUAUACCCCAGCUUUCAUAGCUGUUAUUGAGUAUAUCUGGUAUUCAACGUCAACUUUGAGAGUUAAAGGUUUAUUAGGUAAAGUGGAUGAAGAAUUUGCUAGUCAUUACAUUGGAUUUCCUAAUGCAUUUUUCCCAUCUGAUCAUAUUCCACUUGUAACAAAAUUCCAAAUUAAAAGUGGAGGAGCUAAGAAACCUGAUUUCAAACCUGAUUUCAAAACUGGUCCAUCAAGAAAGACUUAGAUUUGUUAUGUUUCCCCUAAACUACCUAUGUAUAUUAUUCAAUGUUUUUGUAAAAUAUUUUGUAAUGUGAUAUUCCAUGUCGCUACUGUUUGUGUAUAUUGUUGAAGUUUUGUUUACAUUUUAUUUUCACACUGUUUUGCUCGUUCCAUUUUUAUAUUUUAUUUAGCUUUUUAUAUUCAUAAUUUACAAUUUCGAUAAACUAUUUGAUUGUAGUUGUUUAAUUUCAUCUUUGUGAAUUGACAUGAACUGCGCCUGGGUAAAUG